UGUCAAGUUAAAGUCAAUUAGUCAAAAUAUUUUGUUCUCUAUGUGGUUCACAUGUGGUUAGCUAUUUAUAUGAAAGUAGACGAACAAUAAAAGUUUUUAAAUAGUACCAAAAGUGAUAUCUAGCUGAAUCAAAGUUUGGACAUUUUUCUGAUAUAAUCUGACACAGAAGAUAUUUUAUAUUUACUCUCCAAUUUAUUCAAUACGCAGUUCAUUGUGUGAGUGCAGGGCUCAAGUAAACUUAGCAAGCAUUAUGCUUUUUGCAAACAAAGAGAAGUGCCUUCAAAGCACAUCUCUGUUGAGUUAUGAUGAGGCAUGUAUAGAUAUAUUUAAUACGUUCAAUGAUACAGUUUCCAUAUUCGGCCAAUAUCAGCAAUGCCAUGAAUGCAAUUUUCAAAAUUUUACUGUUUUGAGCCCCCAGGGGAAUAAAUCCUUGUUAAUCAGCACUAGAUCACCUUUAACGUUAUACUGGGACAAGGAUGGAAUAGACAAUUGCAUCUUUUCUAAACUGUAUUAUGAACAUUAUCGUUAUGGCUGGAAUAUCACAUCUCAGUGCGAACAAGUUCGUAUUAAAAACGCAGCAGAUGAUGCCUAUCUGCCUAUUCUUAUGGCCUUUGUGUUUCUAUUUUGCUUUGGAACAUUGUGGUAUAUGGUUAAAUGCAUUUACAAAAAUAGUGGCAGGUUGAGAAGCCUUUUGGCAUGGAGCUCAGAACUUGAAGAUGAUUUGACUGGAUCAACGCCUCUGGUAAUCGAAAGACCACCAUCCAUCAAAAAGCAUCCACAUCGAAUCAAAUCAUUGGAUGUAUUUCGCGGGUUGUGCAUUAUAUUAAUGAUCUUUAUCAAUUACGGUGGUGGACAUUACUGGUUUUUCCAACAUUCUCCCUGGAAUGGUAUUACCUUGGCGGAUCUUGUUUUUCCAUGGUUCAUGUGGAUAAUGGGGCUGUCCUUAACGGUUUCCAUGCAUAAAAAGCUGCAAAGAGCAGUACCAAGACGAACGUUGGUAUUCCAAGUGUUGCGCCGAAGUGCACUGCUCCUAUUUUUAGGAGUGGUCGUUAACUCAAGCAAACAUGUGUUGUCUAUAGCAGAACUUAGAUUCCCAGGAGUAUUGCAAAGAUUUGCCGUUACUUAUUGCAUUGUUGGAUUGCUUGAAAUUGCUUUUGCCAAAAGAAUCGAAAUUGAUAAUAUAUCCUGCGUUACUGAUAUCGUACAAGCUUGGCCACAGUGGUUGUUUGUUCUAAUGCUGGUAGCGAUUCACACUUGUAUCACAUUUCUAGUUAAUGUCCCCGGUUGCGGCAACGGGUACUUGGGACCGGGGGGUUUAGAUGACAUGAGCAAGCACUUUAACUGUACUGGAGGAGCUGCUGGCUACAUUGACCGACAGGUUUUUGGGCAUCAUCUAUUGAAAAUACCUGAUUGCAGCCGUAUUUAUGAAAAUAAGGUCUGGUUUGAUCCUGAAGGUAUUUUAGGCAUUUUAACAUCCGUACUUACUGUAUACUUAGGAGUGCAAGCAGGAAGAACUUUAAAUACAUAUCAAAAUGUGAAAGCCAAGACCAUAAGAUGGGUUGUGUGGGGUUGUUCUAUGUGUUUGAUUGGUGAAAUUCUGUGCAGUUUCAAGAUAGACGAUGGACCAAUUCCCCUUAACAAACAACUUUGGUCACUUUCUUUUACAUUGGUGACGGCUGGUAUGGCUUUUAUUAUUCAUACUUUCCUCUUCUUAAUCGUGGAUAUAUAUCGAAAAUGGGGUGGAAGACCAUUUUUUUACCCCGGCAUGAAUUCAAUAGUUUUGUAUGUCGGCCAUGAACUAUUUAGAAAUACGUUCCCAUUUGGAUGGAUCCCUACAGUGGAAACGCACUCUGCUUACUUAUUUAUGAAUCUCUGGGGUACUGGAUUGUGGGUGGCAAUAGCGAUUUAUUUGUACAAACACGAUAUAUUUUUUACCAUAUGAAGAGCUGCAUAAAUUCUCAUCUCAAAUAACCAAAAAUAUAUACACUUUUAAAUACUGAUUUACUGUCUGAUUGCCCUAAAACUGCGUUUCAUCAAUCAUCAAUUUUCAAUCAAUUUUGAUUCCUGAUAUAAUUAAGCAGAUUGGCAGUUUCCUCCGUGUUUAAAAUUCUAAGAAUACGGAAAGCAAUAAUUAGUUUUAAGGCAUGCAUUAGGAAUGUUAUCUGUAUAGCCGCGUUUAGUAAUUUUGCAUGCAACAUUGUGAUGGAACCCAAUCUCAACAUGUAUCUUGAGUAUGCCUAAUUUGAUUAAAUAGAAGUUUUCAACCGGAUUCGAGAUUUUGCAAAAUAUUUGAAAUUUAUUUUUUGUCACUGGUAUUAGAUUUUUGUUAGAAGGGCUGUGAAAUCUUAGUGCUAGUAUUUGUUUGUUUAAUGUUUUUGACCAAAAGGAAUAUGUAUGUGUUUUUUGAUACCAUCGAUAAAAUGUUAAUUUCUAUUCAUUACCGUUCGUGUACCUAUAUUUUGAUAUGUGAUUUAAUAACUAUUUCAAAUAAUUUUCUAAACUGGUUUGACUGAUAUUUUAACAAUGAAGGAGAUAGGUGUAUAGGGAAAUUGUUUAGGAGUUCUAAUGAAAUAUAAUGUGUUAUUGGCCAAA